UUUACGACACUGAAUUGCGUCUUACGGCAGAACAUGGCGCUGCACUGAUGCGCCUGGUGAAGGAAUAAGGCAUUGCACUGAAGACUGUUCGCUUUUUCCUCUCUUUUCAUUCACAGAGAGGUCUGUUCAACAGUAGUGCUCUUUCCUCCCAAGCUCAGGCAGGUUAAAGUCGGUAAGGAGCCGGGGAAGGCUGCUGAAUGAUGGCGUCGAAGGGAGGCAUCCUGUUCCAGGAGAAGGUCAGCCGAAUGUUGAGCGGACACAACGGAAAACCAGUGCUGAAACCCAAAAAGACUCUUGCUCUUAAAGACGAGGUGGCCAACCGCAAAUUUAAGACAGGAGGGGCUACGUGUGUCGCAGAGAUAUCGGUCCUGAUGGCCUGUUGGAAGCAGAACAACUUUGUGGACAGUCUGUGCUCUAAUGAGAUGAACUCCUUCUAUACUUGUGUUGGUGAAGCUCAGGCUGCUAAGAAGAAUAUACCUGAGCAGAGCAGCUUCCAGGGAGAACGUCUGCCCCCAAAACAAGUCACAACCCUGCUGAAGAGAUAUCCCAACAUUCGCAAGGAGAUCUAGGAAACAAACUUUUCAAUGCAUAACUUAUACAGACGUGAAAUGUGCCGCUUAAAAAGAGUGUUGGAACUGGAUUUCAUCAUGUUAAGGAGAUGUCAGCAGGACUGUAUGAUUCAACAAUGGAAUGCUGAAUACAAUUACGAAAUAAAUAAAGGAAGGAGCAAAAGGUGAUAUCAACACAAAUACCAAUAGUGUGUCAUGGUGCAGCCUUUGUAUUCUCAACACACUGCGUUGUAUGGUUUGAAAUAUAAUGUGACUUUCUC